GUGUGUUCUCAAGCAAAAGGUGUUCAACAAAUAUAUUCACAAAAAGAAAAAAAUCUGUAAAAAUUAAAUUUAAAAUUAUUAAAACCAAACACAGAAAAACCUCUAAUACGAAUUUACAAAUUGAUAUCAUGAAGCAGUUUAUUUUUGUAUUUAUUAUUUUAUUAAUUGCGCUCUCCACCUUAUCCAAUGUCGAAGCAUAUCCUGGCGGGUUCUGCUGCAAGACAUUUAAUGAAGAAGAACAACAAGCUACUCCAGUCGCAAAAGAAAUUCCUCUUCCAACCGAAUAA